CGUCUUUCAUCUUUUAUGGUCACUGCACGGUUCUUUUGCUCCAACACAGCUUCUCUUGCGCUCUUUGGAUUGCUGAUUCUGUGCAUUCCGGUACACUCUCGGGGAUGCAUCUACCCUCCUUGCUCCAAGCGCUGGCCUGGGCGUGCAGCGCUGUGGCACAAACAUACCCGGCCACGGUGGAGUUCGACGUCGUGUUCCCUCGGAACGAGACCUACGCGCCAACGACCCUGAUGCCUUUGGUGUUCGCCUUUCGCAACUCCCCGGCUUGGAUUCCGCUCAUACCUUUGCUGGAGUGGAGCAUCCGUAUUCUGCCAACAGGCGAAUUCGUCGAUUAUGGGGCCACGGACCUCGCGUGGGGCAUCAACACCACCACCGAUCCCUACUUCAAGUUUGUCAGCAGCCAGGCGCUUACAGUCGAGGGCAAUUACAUGCUCGUCUGGACCUUGGCUUACGGCAACUGCACGGCUGAUCCCUACUCCGACUUUGAGAUCCUCGACAUCGACUAUCUUCAUGUGAAUGACACGACAAACCACACAAGCUUCUCCAUCGCCAAGGGCGCUCAGGCCGUUGACUUGGCCGCGGCGUCCUCCUCAUGUCCCGCUCAGCAAGGGAUGGCUCUGAAUGUGACGACGGCGCUCAAGGUUGGCGUCACCGAGGAGUGGAAGCGUCGGGACGUGUGCGGCGUGUUGGCGCACCAGCAGCCCUCGCCUAAACCCUGCGCCCUCCAACUCGACACUGCUGCAGCCUCGAGUAUCGCGGCCGCACUCACCGCGUCCGCCUGCAGCGCCCCUCACCCGCGUUACACCGGGCCGUGUCCGCCCAAGCCGACACAGAGCACGAGCGCAGGGACGAGAACCAGGGGCUUCGCCACGGCGCGGCUUACCUCAUCGGCCGGUAUCGCGGUGUUGAUCAUUCAUGCUCUCGUAUUCAUCGGUCUUGUGUGCUCGUUUUGACCGGGGCAGGUGAACUUGGAGAGGUGAAGUUCAGCCACGGUUGUGUCCAGACAGCAUAUGGACCAAGGUACCUGGCGUCGGAAAGU